AUGACAGCUAUAGUCACUGUUCCAGCCAUGAGCAGCCAUGAUUCUGGUGCAGAGGCAGGAACUGAGCACAGUCCAUCCCGCUUCACCGCGGUUAAUGGCAAGGACUCGUCCGUCUCCAAGGUCAAUUCUUUUCCAAAGGAUAGAGACACCUCGCCAGAUUUCAAGGCUAUGCCCGAAUCAGAAAGUCCGGAGCAAGAGCACAGCCCGGAAGACCACGGGUCGCAACGAUCAUCGCUGGAGGCAUCUGUUCACACCCAUAAGCGCAAGAGAUCCAACUCUUCCUCUCGGGAACAUGAGUCGAGACAUCCAUCCGAGCUCCACGGCACGGUCAGGGGCUCCAAAGGUAAUCCCACCGAGUUGAGUGCGCCCCCCAACUCCAACGGGGCGGGUUCAGGAUCAGUCUCGGAUUUGGAACCGGCUCCCCAUGGCCCAUCCCGAUCAGACCCCCAUGAGUCCUCCCGGAUAUCUUCUAAUGGACCAUGGCCUGAAUACGAUACUCAGUUGGCGAGUCAAGCCCAGAGGGUCCAGCAGAUCGAUGCCUCUGAUGCCCAACUGGCCGAUGCACUCCAAAGAGAAGCACAUUCCCUGGACCCCAAUCACCGAAACAUGAACGCAUCUCGGUCAACCCCGGCCCCCACGGUGCAAUCAUCCUCGUCACCUCCAUAUUCCUCGGAGCGACCAACAACGGCGCAGAUGGCGCCCAAACGCAAACGAGUUUUUAGCAACCGAACCAAGACCGGCUGUAUGACGUGUCGUCGUAGGAAAAAGAAAUGUGAUGAACAGCACCCAGCCUGUAACAACUGCCUUCGUGGGGGCUUUUUGUGUGAAGGGUACACAUCGCGGAACAUGUGGCAGAAGCCUUCGAAUUCGAAGCCACCAAUACCCUUACAGUCAAAAGAAGAAUGUCCCGAAUCCAGUGAUCAAAAUAUCCCAGAGAAUCAGGACCGGCAUUUGUCAGAGCAAAUGGAACGGAAAACGCGACCAAUCGUGGAAGACGAGCGAUCUGCUCCACAAUAUAACACCAGCGCCACCGACCCUGUCUCCAAAAAUCACAUGUUAUGGCCCAAACGACUUUGGUCUAAUCCGGGUCAUUCGGGGCCAGCAUAUCCCCCGGGGCACGUGGCCAAGGGAGAUUAUAGAGAGGUCUCGUCCAUCCAUGAACUCCCUCGGGAUGUACCCUCCAAACCGGAUUUCCCUGGGGUGCCUCUGAUUCGAGAAAUCUCUCAUGGACCGUCCCCGAAAACUAAUGGGCCUCUACUGUUUCAGGGAGCGGUGGCACCGUCAACGCCUGCCACGUCGUUAGACACUAAUAGCCCCCAAGUGCAGGCUCGAAUGGCCCUAAGCAUUGAAAACCAGUUAUCUAGUCGCAUGGCGAGCAUUGAAGACACCGAGAUGGACAAAAUGAUCAAAGGCGACCUCUACCGGCCAUUUGAUGUGUACCUCGUAGAGGAAAGAGACCGAUGCCGACGCGCACUCGCCCGAUUCAACAACGCCUGCAAUCCUCUCAGCGGGCUCAGCUCAAAAGAACAAAAUCGUCUCCUCAAGGAGAUUCUGGCAGCCCAACCCCCUUGCACCCUGAAGCCUCCAGGGUCUCCGGGUAUGUCCAGCCCGACGAUGCGACGUCCGACCCCUAGUCUCGGACCGGGAGCGAUUGUGGAGUCACCAUUCACCUGCCACUAUGGGUACCUUAGCAUUGGAGAAGACGUGAUGAUCUCCCAUGACUGUGUAUUUGUUGAUGAUUGCUUUAUUUUCGUGGGCGCUCAUACCUGGGUGGGGUCUAAUGUCACCAUUCUCACCACCAUGGCACAUUCUAGCAUGCAGGAGCGAAAAGGCACACAAAGCCGAUAUCAAGGCCGCCGCGUCCGUAUCAUGGAAGACUGCUAUAUUGGAGCAGGAUGUACUAUCUAUCCCGGAGUGACACUUGGCCGAGGGGCCUACAUUGCUCCCGGAGAGGUCGUUCGAAGUGAUGUGGUCCCUUAUGGCUUUCAAGGGUUCAAGCCAAACUAUAUGUGA